AUGGCGCAUUAUAUUAUACCAAAUCUCCCAUGGAAAUCAUUAGCAGUAUAUAUUGCACUUGAAUGUACCAUCCUAAGCUGGAAUGGAGUUGAUAGCGAUGAGUUCGCAGCGUCCACUAUAAUCGGAGUUGUUUUUUUCAUGUUUUAUAUUACGUUUAUAUUCGCUUUUAUUCAGGCAAAAUUUGAAGGUAUUAUUACGGGUAUUAUUAUUCCAGAGUUUAUAGACAAACGGCCUUUUAGGGAGAUUGAUAUUGGAAGAAAAGAAGCUAUUUUACAAGACAUAUUAUGUAAUGUUAACAAUAAAGUCCAGUUUGCAUUAGGGACUAAUUAUUCAUACACAAAUACCUUUAGUUUAGUAGAUAAAUACCAACAUUGCAUGAGAACUUUUGAGUAUAAAUUUAACAAGGUAUAUAGAAAUUUGUCAGUUGAGGAUAAUGUCUGGGACAAGAUUGUGUCUGUGGCGCUGGAUAGUGGAAAUGACAAUUUGAGGAAAGCGUCUAGGCAACGUCCUGUGGAAAUUCGAGGUUGGGAUAAAAUCAUGUUAGUGGCUAGAAACAUAGAAAAUGAAGACAUUGAGUAUAUUAUGAGCAAGACAUACUCGCCUGAACUAAUACAAACCUACGGUACGAUCAGAGAAAAUUAA